AUGGAAGGUGGAGAAACUGAGACAAAUUUUGUUUCUUGUCCUGUAUGUAAUAGAGAAUAUGAUAAAAAUAUGAUAGAAAAACAUGUAGACAAAUGCAUUUUCUUAAACACCUUAUCAAGUAAUACUAAAAGAAGUGCAUCACAUUUAGAAGAAAGUAGUAUACAGCAGAAAAAAGUAAAGGUAGAGAAAAAAAGUCCCAUUAGCAACAUACAACCAUCUAAAGCAAAAACCACUCAGCCUAAAAAGAGUCCUGCGAGUGGUCCUUCAAAGGGAAGGGCAAGUUUUCAUGAACUACAAACAGAUGAUUCUGAAUCUACAAAUAUGAAAUCAACUACUAAAACAAGUGUCAAAAGUAUACCAUUGGCUGAGUCAAUGCGUCCAAAUUGUCUUGAAGAUAUUGUUGGUCAGAUGGAAUCAUUUGGUGCCGGUUCAAUGUUAUAUUCAAUGUUAAUAAAGAGCAAAAUACCUAACAUGAUAUUGUGGGGUCCACCAGGGUGUGGAAAGACUUCACUUGCCAAUGUUGUGGCAAAUAUUUGCAAAGAGCAACCUAAUCUGAGAUUUGUGAAGCUAUCGGCAACUAUGUCUGGUAUUAAUGAUGUCAAGGAGGUGGUGAAAGUUGCCAAAAAUGAAGCACAGUUUAAAAGACAGACUGUUUUGUUCAUGGAUGAAAUACAUAGGUUCAACAAAUUACAACAAGAUACAUUUCUGCCGCAUGUUGAAAACGGAACAAUAACAUUAAUAGGUGCCACAACUGAGAAUCCAUCGUUCAGUUUGAACAAUGCACUGUUGAGUCGUUGUAGAGUUGUUGUUCUCAGUAAAUUAUCAGUCGAUGAUGUCACACAAAUAUUACAAAGGGCCAUAUUAAGAAAUGAUUUAGCUAUUAUUAUUGAUAAUUCAAAUAAAGAAGUCAAUGGAGGUGUUCAAAAAAGAUGCAGGAUAUCUCUUGAAUCAAUCCGUUGGCUGGCCGAGGUCAGCGAUGGUGAUGCUCGUGUUGCUCUCAGUGCUCUGGAGUUGACACUGGCCGCUGGAACACCUGACACAGUUAUUAGUUUAGAAGAUUUGAAGAAUGGGAUUAAGCGCACGCAUAUGCUGUACGACCGGACGGGUGAAGAACAUUACAACAUAAUAUCAGCCAUGCACAAGUCUAUCCGUGCGGGUGAUGAUAACGCGGCCCUGUAUUGGAGCACGCGCGCCUUACACGGCGGAGAAGAUCCAUUGUACGUGGCUAGGAGGCUGGUGAGGGCCGCCUGCGAGGAUAUCGGGUUGGCUGAUCCCAACGCGUUAGUGGAGGCAGUGGCGUGUCUGCAGGGUUGUCAGCUGAUCGGUAUGCCGGAGUGCGACGUGUUGGUCGCUCAGUGUGCGGUGCGCCUCGCCCGCGCUGACAAGAGCAGGGAAGUCUAUAAAGCUAUGACUCGCGUGCAGAAGGCUCUCAAGGAAGCCAGGGGUCCGCUACCCUCAGUGCCGUUACACCUUAGGAACGCGCCCACCAAGCUUAUGAAGGAUUUAGGCUACGCAAAAGGAUACAACCUACAUCACAAAGAUGUCUCAGGUCUAACAUACAUGCCCGAAGGUAUGGAGAACGAAAACUUCUUUCGAAAGGAAGACAUUUGUAAUUAA